AUGGAGGAAUCUAACCUGCGCCUCCUCUACUGGAACCCAGGUGGAAUCCAGCAGAAGCUACAAAAACUCCGCACUGUCGCCCAACAACAAGACAUACAGGUCAUCUUGCUGGGAGAGACAAAAUUAAAUCCGAGUACACACGUAAAGCUGCCUAAUUACCACAUUUAUAGGAGGGACGAGGUCACUUCUCAAGGGGCCGCCUACAGAGGGACGGCGGUUCUAGUGAGAAGGGACAUCGUCCAUCAAGAACUUGACCUACCGGAAUACCAAACUAUGCGCUCUAUCGGCAUAAAAACGGAGGCGGCGGGCGAGGAACUUAGGAUCUACGCAGCAUACCGCCCGCCAGGGACUCCAUUUUGCUCCUCAGACGUCCGGACGGUGAUGGAAGGCGAAAUAUCGACCAUCAUCCUACCUAAAUAA